UUUUUUUUUAUUUUUUUAUUUCUUUUCUUUAUUAUUAUGACAAGCAUAUCAUCUACUGAUUCAAGUUUCUCUGAAUGGAGUCUUUCAACAGACACGGAACAACAGAUCAGCUACAUGCUAGAUCAAUUUGUAAAAGAACAAGACUAUAGUCCUGCACAGACAUCAACACCACCACCACCAUCUCCUCCACCACAGACAACAAUGCCUAACGGAUUAGAAACAAGAUUAAAGCGAGUUUCUAAAGAAUGCAUUCGAGUAUUAUCAUCAGAAAUGAUAAAAUACAGACAUCAGCAUGAAUUCAAAGUGAGAGGCAGCACAGGCAAGGUAAAGAGAACAGCAGAUGCAUACCAUAGACUAAAUAUGACAUCAGGUAUAUACGACAACAAUUGGACCUAAAUUGGAUUGUACAUGCUAUGAUCAUAAAAUGAGAGGUGCUCAUUGUAAACAUAUACUCUACAUUCUAUUAAAAGAACUCCAGAU